AUGGCCCGGAUACCAGCCCUCGCGGCGCCGCUGCGCAGGCCAUUGAGCCGUUCCAUCAUCCAGUCCAGAUGCGGCAGCCCGUGGAUUACACAAGGGCAGCAGCAAGUGCAACAGCGCCUGUACUCGGACUCGACGACGACGACAACCACCGCGGGGCCCAGCGCCAGCUUCUACAAGACCUUUGGCCGGCCCAUCUUCAAGGUCGCCCUGCUGGCCAUCUUCACGUACCAGCUGGCGUACUACGGCUGGGUGAAGCUGGAGACGGACGAGGUCAAGGGCGAGGCUGCUGCUACGAUCGCGGACCUGGAGCAGCGCAUCGAGACGUUGGAGCGGGCGCGGGCGACCAAGGCGACGAAAUGA